ACGAACGAGGCCCCAAACCUGGGUGCGCCCCAACAUGCACCCCCGCCUGAAGCCCGCGGACCCUGAAACUACAACUCCCGUGAGGCGCCCGUUGCGGCACGCAGGCACUCUGGCGUGCGUGCCGUGCGUGGCUGUUCUAGACCGUCGCACCCGGGCGCCAUGUUGCGGCCGAGGGGACAGCGGAGAGGCGCCUGAAGCGGCGUGAGCGGAGCGGGUCGAACUUGGGCUGGUAGGAGCCCCGCCCCUCCUGCCUCAGCAGAUCAUGAGCUGGGCGGCCGCCGUGGAGGUCGCGGUGGCGGGGGAUGUGGUGUGGCGGGGCCGGCGCUAGACAUGAUGCCGUUUCCAGAGACAGCCCCCGGCUCACAGUGGACCCCGCCGCCGCCCAAGCACCACGGCAUUCCCUCUCCCAUCCGGUUAGCUGCCCCCAAGGAGACUGACUGCGUACUCACCCAGAAAUUAAUUGAAACCCUGAAGCCCUUCGGGGUUUUUGAAGAGGAAGAGGAACUACAGCGCAGGAUUUUAAUUUUGGAAAAAUUAAAUAAUCUGGUAAAAGAAUGGAUACAAGAAAUCAGUGAAAGCAAGAGUCUUCCACAAGCUGUAAUUGAAAACGUUGGAGGGAAAAUCUUUACAUUUGGUUCUUACAGAUUAGGAGUACAUACGAAAGGUGCCGAUAUUGAUGCGUUGUGCGUUGCACCAAGACAUGUUGAUAGAAGCGAUUUUUUCACCUCCUUCUAUGAUAAAUUGAAACUGCAUGGAGAAGUAAAAGACUUGAGGGCUGUUGAGGAGGCAUUUGUACCAGUUAUCAAACUGUGUUUUGAUGGAAUAGAGAUUGAUAUUUUAUUUGCAAGAUUAGCACUGCAAACUAUUCCAGAAGAUUUGGAUUUAAGAGAUGACAAUCUGCUUCAAAAUUUAGAUAUUAGAUGCAUAAGAAGCCUUAACGGUUGCCGUGUAACUGAUGAAAUUUUACAUCUAGUACCAAACAUUGACAACUUCAGGUUAACCCUGAGAGCCAUCAAGUUGUGGGCCAAAUGCCGCAAUAUCUAUUCCAAUAUAUUAGGUUUCCUUGGAGGUGUUUCUUGGGCAAUGCUAGUAGCAAGGAUUUGCCAGCUUUAUCCAAAUGCAAAAGCAUCAACUCUAGUACAUAAGUUUUUCUUGGUAUUUUCUGAAUGGGAAUGGCCAAAUCCAGUGCUGCUGAAAGAGCCUGAAGAACGGAAUCUUAACUUGCCUGUGUGGGACCCAAGAGUAAAUCCCAGUGAUAGGUACCAUCUUAUGCCUAUAAUUACACCAGCAUACCCACAGCAGAACUCCACAUACAAUGUAUCUGUUUCAACAUGGAUGGUCAUGAUUGAGGAGUUUAAGCAAGGGCUUGCUAUCACACAUGAAAUUUUGCUGAGUAAGGCAGAGUGGUCCAAGCUUUUUGAAGCUCCAAGCUUCUUUCAGAAGUACAAGCAUUAUAUUGUACUUCUAGCAAGUGCACCAACAGAAAAACAACACCUAGAGUGGGUGGGCCUGGUGGAGUCAAAGAUCCGGUUCCUGGUUGGAAGCUUGGAGAAGAACGAGUUUAUUACAUUGGCUCAUGUGAACCCUCAGUCAUUUCCAGCACCUAUAGAAAACCUUGACAAGGAGGAAUUUCAUACGAUGUGGGUGAUUGGGUUAGUAUUACAAAAGCCUGAAGACUUGGACGUUCUUAGUAUUGAUCUCACCUGUGAUAUUCAGUCUUUCACAGAUAUAAUUUAUAGGCAAGCAAUAAAUAAUAAGAUGUUUGAGAUGGAUAUGAAAAUUGCUGCAAUGCAUAUAAGAAGAAAGGAACUUCAUCAACUACUACCUAAUCACGUGCUUCAGAGAAAGAAACUGCAUUCAACAGAUGGUGUCACAUUGACAGCUCUGAAUGACAGCAACCUUGACUUGUCUGUGGACAGUGAAAUCAGCACAUCUGUGCCUUCACCUGCUAGCUCUAUGAAGACCGGCCUAAAGACUGGCAGUUCUCAGGGCAGAAACAGCCCUGUCUCAGCAGUAAUGGCAGCAUCUGUGACCAGCGUACAGGUUACUGAAGUUUCUUUGCAAGAAGCGAGCCCUAGUGAAAGCUCGGGGGGUGCAUCGAGUGAAAGCGUUAAUCAGAUUUCCUCACAACCAGCCCUUUCUCCUCCACUGAAGCCCAUGGUCUCCAGAGUUGUUUCUUCAUCGUGUCUGGUAAACCAUCCUUCAGGCCUUCAGGGAGCACAGCAGCAAACAUAGCUAACCCUGUGGUGGGAGUCUAGAGGGUAUUCGCACCUCACAAACAAGAAAGGACUAAUGGAACCAAGCAGAAGAGGAACAUCUCAAACAGAUGAGUACAACUCCAACUGUUCAUAUGGCGGCUUCCUUGUUGGCCUCACAGAAAACAUCCCUUGCAGACGUUUCUGCUAUCCCAGCUCUGCAAAUCCUAUUCCUGACAGACUGGUAAAAACCUUGCAGGUCCAUCAACAAUGGCUGCCAACUCAACCUGUUGUCUUCAAAUGCUAGAGGAGGAGAAUGAAGGGUACCAAACUUGAAAUGACUCAAAAUAGAUGUAAGCUUGUUCGGUUCACUUCCUUUACCUGGCUAAUCUCUAUCAGAAGUCCAGGUUGGUAUGUGAAGCUAGAAGUACUAUUAUUAGUGUGUGUCAGAUUAGUGAUGUGUCAACAGCAGUUAUAUUAACUAUUUCAAAGGACUGUUGCCCUUAAAGAGAGAAAAAGAAAAAAAACCCUCCAGCUCUGUUUAUGUCCAUGAUUGACAUCUGGACUGGAUUUGUUUUAUGCACUGUUGGGGAAAACUUACAAUACAAACUGGUCUCAGAAUGCCUGAUACUGGUGAUGCACUUUAUGUAUAUUUUUAUUAGGAAGUAGAACUAAGUUUAGCUUUUUCAGCUUGAUGAGAUUUUUUCCUGAAGAGUUUUCUUCAUUAUUAAUUUCCAGACUGGAUGUCAUUGUGCAGUGUACUAUACUUCAGAAAAGACAUAAAGUAUAUCUAGCUCAGUCCCUGGCGGGUAGCUGUAGCCCUUUAAAAUGAAAUGUCAACUCUUAUGGUAUAUAUUUGGCAUUGAAACAGGAAUUAGGGUGUCUUUCAUUUUGAUGGACACAACUAAGAAAUACACUGGUUUUAUCAGUGGAAUUGUUUUUAAUUUAGAGUGUAUAUGAUCACCAAACAGCAAAUAUUGUCUUGGAGCCAACAAAACUCCAUAUUCUUUUGUCCUUAAUCAUACUUAUCCUAAAAAAAAAAAAAAGAGCCUUUUGCCUUCUCCCUUUCUCUUUGCUUUUAUGCACAAGGUAGGCUUGUAUGUUGUUUCAUUAAAAACCCCAGAAUGCUAGUAUUUUCCUAACCAUGAUGUGAAACAACAAUCCUGUGGCCACAUGGUGUGAAACACUAAAUUUUGGUUCUAUGGCUAAUAUUUUAGUAAAACUUAACUGAAAGUAAUGACUGUGAAAUGUUAACCAUCUGAAUAGACAUUUAAUGUCUACGUCUACUCAAAGAAUACCUGCUCAUAGUAAAUUUCCAAUUUAAACACAUAAGCAAAAAGGCAUUUUCUCCAAGCAUUUUAAACCAAUAUUUUUAAAUGACUUACUAAAAUUCACCAAUAAAUUUUGCAUGUACAAAUAAAAAAUAAUUUCUUGCAAGCACUUGACAUUGGUCAGCUUUCUACUCUUGUUUUAUCCUAGAAAAGAUUAAAGAAUACCUUUCUUUAAAUUAAAAAAAGGGCCAUUCAUAAUUAAGCAGCAGGACAUCCAUGUUUAGGAAACAUGACAGGUUUUCAGUCAGCCUGGUUCUGGUUCUUCCCCUCCCCCAGUCGUGUUUCCUUGCUACCAUGUGCACAUUUUUCAUGCUAAGCUACAAUUUCUUAAACCCUUUUCCUAUCCUAGGUUAGUUCUCCAAAGUUGGAAUAUGCUCUCUUCCGUUUAGGCUAUGCAGUAGUUGAGGCUCCCUUUCCACCCCCACUUUCUGAUGUCUGGUUCAUGGUGUUCCUGUCUCUCACUUCUUUGUCCUGUGGUCGCCACCACCGCAGCAGUAAAUCAGGUGAAGUGUGCACGAUGCCUGUGUGUUUCCAAUAGCUGUAGUGUCAGGUUGAAAUUGUCAGGCAAAUUUAGUCUUGUCAUUUUGUUUACACAUUUGGAAAAUUGGUUGAUUAAAUGUGUCAUGUAACUAUCCUUGUUUGACCAAGCUGAAAAGUGGGAACUUUCUAGUUUUCAUUACCUGAAUAUCAGACUAUUUUUUUCAUAUGAUGUAUGUAAGUGUCUCAUGACUGGAGUUUGCUUUGUCUUAUAGUACCUGUACUACUUGUAUUUUUCAAGCGCUAUUUUGAAAACAGAUGAUGUAUUUCUCCAUGAAAAACAAUAAAAACAGCAAAGAAGCAAGCAUAGGGGUUUAAAU